AUGGAUUCGAUGCCAAGGAAGAGACCCAAAUCGGAGACCAAAACCUCAAAACGGAACCCUAAAUCUUCUCUUUCUCCGAUCAGAUCAUUACUCGAACCAUCGGAAAACUUCUUCCCUUCCAAAGAAGAGUUCGUGAGACUCCUGAUAGUGUUGCUUGUCGCGUGUGUGGUGGCUUUUACCUGCAGUUUCCUCGCUAAGUAUCUGAGCUCAAACCCUACAUCUUUCUGCGAUAGUAACUUUGAGUCCAUCGAUUCAGACUUGGAUUUAUGUGAACCAUGUCCAAUUAAUGGGGAAUGUUACCAAGGAAAAUUGCAAUGUAAUCAUGGAUACAGAAAGCAAGGGAAUUUAUGCAUAGAAGAUGGAGAAAUCAGUGAAUCAACCAAGAAAUUGGUUGUGCAUUUCGAGAGAAAAGUUUGUGAAGCUUAUGCUCGUAAUGAAUGUUAUGGUACUGGGACCAUUUGGGUUCCAGAGAAUGAUGUUUGGAAAGAUCUACGCAGCAACGGUUUCAUGAGUAAUUUAGACGAGUCUGCGUACAAUUUUGUGAAAGGAAAGGCUGUAGAAGCUAUUGCUGAGCUACUAGAGAAAAGGACUAAUUCUAAUGGGAUUAAUGAGUUGAAAUGCCCUGAAUCGCUAAUGGAAAGUUACAAACCUGUGACUUGUCGCAUACAUCAAUGGCUUUUGCAGCACAUCUUCAUUGUCUCGUCCUCAUGUGCAGUGCUUGUGGGAUGCACAAUAUUGCUCAGGAAAAUUCAGCGCAAGCGAUAUUUUUCACGUAGAGUUGAAGAAUUAUAUGACCAGGUCUGUGACUUCCUGGAAGAGAAUGCAGUGGCAUCAAAUUCUGCAGACAGUACUAACUGCGAGCCCUGGGUUAUCGCUUCUCGGUUACGAGAUCAUCUACUUUUGCCUAGAGAAAGAAGAGAUCCUCGGUUAUGGAGUAAGGUUGAGGAGUUAAUAAAGGAGGAUUCACGUAUAGAUCGAUACAACAAAGUUGUAAAGGGUGAACAAAAAGUUGUAUGGGAAUGGCAAGUUGAAGGUUCACUUAGUUUAUCUAAGUUGAAGAAACGACGAGAGACGCAGAAGAAAGUUAGACAAAUUAUUGACUCAAGCACACUCUUGCAAGAAAAUUACAACAGAAGAAUUGCCGAGACAACUUCUUAG